AUUUAAAAUUGUUAAGCUUACUAAUAUAAUGCAACAUGAGUACUCAAGCUAGGAGGCAUAGCGUCAGAACCUAUCACCAAGGAUGGAUGAACGUUAAACAGGGACAUACAUACUGUCGACUGUAUGCACAGCUUAUGUCCGGAAAAGAACUCCGAUUUUACCAGAAUGAAACAAGAACUGGACCUGGGGCUGUUUCAAACUGUCAAUUUCAAGUUGAUCUCAGAUAUUUGACUGACGUUGAUAUGAGGAGCGAUCGAAGAGCAGCAAAUGCAGAAUAUCUCAUUAUACUCAAGUUCAAGCAUCAACCUGAAAUCAAAAUGAGGUUUCAAUAUUUUGAUGACAGAGCCGUUUGGGAAAGAUAUAUUCGCGCUGCUGGUUUGAGUAAACUUCCACAGAAGACGGAAAAUUUACUUCCGGGACAAAUACACGAAAUAAAAGAUAUUAUUGAAAAUGAAGAAAACACCGAAAAGCAACGAUUGGAACAGGAAAGGCAAGAAAACCAGCGAAGACAGACGACAGAAGGAAAUGGAAGUCAAACACCCGAUUAUACCCCGAUGGAUCCCGUAAACGGGCUUAUCGGAGAAGAAACAUAUCCAUGGUAUUAUCCAAAUAUCUACGCUCGACAUGAUGCUGAGCAAAUAUUGAACGAAAAUACUGGUGCUGGAAACAUGCUGAUUCGUCGACGACAACUUGAUAAUACUGCAGAUGAAUACGAUUUUGCAAUCUCGACUAAAACUGUUGCUGACAGUAACCCAUUCAAACAUUUCAAGGUGAAAUACAAUCGCCAACUCGGUGAAUAUCAGAUACAGCUAGUAAAUGAAAAACAUCCAAGACUGGACUCACUUGAGUCUAUGAUUGCUUAUUUCGAAACUAGAAGUAAUAAUAAAUAUCGUCGUCUCUCUGUCGCCAUUGAAACACCCUCGCAUUUAUAUGAACAACGACUCUUUCCAGGACCGAAUACCCCGAUUUACGAAAAUGAACUACCGGGACGUCCGCGCCACUUUUCGUAUGAGAAUAAUGGAAGAAGAUAUUAAUUUUUUUCAUUAUUUUAUCUGUACAGUUGAUUUUUUGUUUCUAUUUUGAUUAAUUUUUGAAUCAUAUCCCUAUAAAACUUAUAAAAGAAAAAGGGCAAUACCAUCGAGCAAUACCACAUGUCACAAGUUAUUGCAAACGAAAUAUACAUAUGGAUCGCUUUGUUAUUAUGUUGUUGUUGUUCUUGUUAAUAGCUUCUUCUUGUUUAUCGGAAGGAG